UCGCUCGACUCAGCCCGAGUCCAACUCCAAAGGAAACCUCAUCCCCUCCCCCCUCUUCGUCACUCUCCCCUCUCCCCCCGACCUCCGCCUCUAAUGGCGCCCAUGACCACCAUUUCCGCGCCGCUCGCCGCCCCCUCCGGCCUCCUCUCGCACCGGCGGAAUGGAGCAAGAGCACGCCUUGGUCCCCGAGGAGUGAAAUUUGUAUCACAUGGUGUUUUUUCACAGCAGGAUGAGAGGAUACGGUGCCAUUCUUCUCUCAGGCAAAAUACAAUUGUAGCAUCUGAGAAUGAAAAUCCACCAUUAAUGCCGGCAAUCAUGACUCCUGCUGGUCCUCUUGAUCUCGCAACUGUGCUACUGGGAAAUCGUGUAAUCCUCAUUGGUCAAUAUAUUAACUCCCAGGUGGCACAACGUGUGAUAUCACAGCUUGUUACACUAGCUGCUGUUGAUGAAGAGGGUGAUAUUCUGAUCUAUCUGAACUGCCCUGGUGGAAGUCUCUACUCCAUCUUAGCUAUUUAUGACUGCAUGUCCUGGAUAAAACCCAAAGUUGGGACAGUGGGCUUUGGUGUUGUUGCCAGUCAAGCAGCAAUCAUUCUUGCUGGUGGUGAGAAGGGAAUGCGUUAUGCAAUGCCAAAUACUAGAGUAAUGAUUCAUCAACCUCAAGGUGGAUCGGAGGGUAAUGUGGAGGAGGUGAGGCGACAGGUUGGGGAAACCAUUUAUGCUCGUGAUAAAGUUGAUAAAAUGUUUGCUGCCUUCACUGGGCAACCAUUGGAUAUGGUACAACAGUGGACAGAGAGGGAUCGAUUCAUGUCUUCUUCGGAGGCCAUGGAUUUCGGACUAGUUGAUGCCUUACUGGAAACAAGAUACUAGCGAAGGUACACAGACCCACAUUCUCUGAACAGAGACCUGGAAAUGCUGCGGAAUUGGAGCUGGAGUUAGAUGUUUGCUAUCCACCUUGUUUGACGACUCAGAUUCGCCGUCUACCACUGAUUAGAGCUUCUGUACAAUGUUUAGUUUAGGCCUAGAUGAUUCUUGAGGAUCGGAGCAAACUGUUAGCUUGAUUGAGCCAAGCCUGAGCGCAUCUACAUACACAUCAUUUAAAUGCUCUCCAUAUCAUGUGGCAGCUUUGAUACUGGAGUAUAUGAUACUAUGGACCCCCUAUAUAUAUCAUGCCAGUGUGAAGUGCGACUUUUUUUCA